GUUGAACCACGCCAUCUUCACCCCGUCGUUGACCAAGCUGUGCAACAAGACGUGGCCGGCGGACAUCCACCUGGUUGGGGACUUCUCCUCCUCGGCCCAGUUCUUCGUCACGGUGGCCGUCUUCGCCUUCCUCUACAGCAUGGCCGCCCUCGCCGUCUACUUGGCCUACCUCCGCCUCUACCGUGGGGCCGGUGGGAAGCUGCCCUUGGUGGACUUCUUGGUCACCGUGGCCUUCUCCUUCCUGUGGCUGGUGAGCACCUCGGCGUGGGCCAAGGCCCUCACGGACAUCAAGACCUCCACGGCCGCCCCCUUACCCAACUGCCAACCCCCCGUCGUCACCUGCUUCCCCGCGGGGGUCACCCCCAUGGGGUCCCUCAACGUCUCCGUGGUCUUCGGCUUCCUCAACUUGGUCCUUUGGGUCGGCAGCUCUUGGUUCGUCUACAAGGAGACCAACUUCCACCGCCCGUCCCUGGUGGCCCAGAUCUUUGUGUCCCUAGUCAUAGUCCUUGGUGGCCCACACCUGUGUCUUCCCGUCCUUUACUCGUAG